CGUAGGAGGCUUGAAUUUUUUUUUAACUACACUCGAAAAAUGACUGAUCCGGACGAGCAACGGUUGGAUUUUAACUUCCAGGAAGAUGCAAGGGAUGUCAUUUCGCUAAUGUUUUUGUUUCCAGAUACUGUGCGCAAGAUGGUGAAAAAUUGGUUGGCUACAUUUUACACUAUGGGUACGAAUUUCAUCGACAAACAAACGCGCAACCAGUAUCUGUCCUACAUGUUAAUGCAACUGGAAGUCAAACGAGCCCUUUCAAAACCAUUUGACGAACCUGCCCCUGACCAUAUUCAUGAACCGUUGGCAAAAAAAGUGGGCCCUGAUGAGUACAUAAAAUUUUUUGAAAAAUGUGAAAAAUAUUAUCUGAGAAAGAAACGCUUCGGGGAAGAAACUGAUCAUUUGAAGGAACAUCGUAUGAACCCGACCGAGUUCCUGCGUCGCUUGCCAGCCAUCACAUCAGGAGUAGUCACAUAUGGUGCUUGUUUCAGCAAAGACAACCAGUAAACCAUGGCGCCAACGGAAGUAAUUGCCGUUCAAUCGCGAAGGAGUUGGAGUUAUUUUUUAUUUGUAACAUGUAUCUCAACCAGAAAAAACAUGGGUGGCUGCGGCCAUAUUCAGACAUAA